UUGCACCCUAGGCCUAGCUGGGCGGGGCAGAGGAGGGAAUUACCGGGAGCGGUGGUGGCCAAGGCCCAGCAGGGCGAGGUCGUGGCGACGACAUUGACUGAUCUGCUGGCUCGGGACUCGGGCUUGACGCGCAAGGCGGCUACAUCCUCCUCCUCGGGCGGGCGUAGGCGGCCCCUUCCCCCUGGUCAACUGGAAAUCCAACGCCAGCGAGAUGUGCAGCAACAUCCCGCCCCAACGCGAUUCGAUGACGACGACGACGAUGAUGCGCUUCCCGCGACGGACACGGACCUCUCCAGUGCCAUCGAAUCUCUCAGCUUCCACCCGACGUCACGUCGCACCCGCCUCCUCUGCACCGCAAGCCGCGAUAGGCGCGUGAGGCUGUACAACGUCGAUGGGCGGGACAAUCCCUUGCUACAGACGAUCCACGUUCCCUCCCUUCCGUUGCGCAAAGCCACCUGGCACCCCAGUGGGCAGAGCAUCCUACUCGCGGGUCCGCGCCCUUACCUCUAUUCGUACGACGUGCAGAGUGGCAAGGCGCUGCGAUCUACUCCGUGGCGUGGAGCUAGCAGUGGGGGAGGGGAAGGGGAGGGAGAACGCGAUUUGAGCAUGGCGCAAUUCCAGCCUCCUGGUGCGGGUAGCUCCAGCGGAUUGCUAGCCGUAGGCGGGAGACGUGGUCAUGUUCACCUGCUCGACUGGGGCAGAUCGCCCGAGGUAGCCUCUUCCACCUCGGAGGGCGGCGGCGGCGGUGGCCGUGGCGGUGGGUCGCACCUCCUUCACACGCUGAGCCACAACGCCCCGCUGGCAGGCCUAGCCUGGGACCCUUCCCCUUCACACACGCACCAACUCCUCUCACUGGGACAGGACGGUUCCUUCCAACAGUGGGACACGCGCACCCUCCGUUGUCCGCUGACGGUGCGCGAUUCCGGCCUACACGCGCCUAACAGCCUCGCCGCUUCGCCAGACGGACAGCGUUGGGCCGUAGGCACACAGAGCGGCAUCGUUGCCCUGUAUACACGCGAUGCUCUCCUUUCCCCCACCUCUGGCUCUGGGCUCGUCGAACCUACAAAGUCGCUUUCUAACCUGAUCACCUCCACCUCCAGUUUGACCUUCGAUCAGUCCAGCCAGAUCCUCGGCCUCGCGUCGCGAUCCAAGAAGGAUGCACUGCGCCUUGCACACGCGGGCGAGGGGAGCGUAUAUGCCAAUUGGCCUACGAGCGGCACGCCAGUAGGUAGGGUGAGCGAUUUAGCGUUUGACACGAGUGCGGGGAGAGGGGGAGUGGUGGCUGUGGGUAACACGCGGGGUCGUACGCUCCUGUUCAGUCUUGGACACUUUAGCUAG